GGGUUGGUGUGCUGAUCUAGGAGGAAGUCGCGUGAGGAGGCUGGCCAACACUCAGUGAAGCGGCACCUUGGGGAUGAUGGCAGAAGGAGAUAAUCGUAGCACUAGCUUGCUGGCUGCAGAGACUGCAAGUCUGGAAGAGCAGCUGCAAGGAUGGGGAGAGGUGAUGCUGAUGGCUGAUAAAAUCCUCCGAUGGGAAAGACCCUGGUUUCCACCUGCCAUUGUUGGUGUGGUUUCUUUGGUGUUUCUGACUAUCUAUGGUCUAGAUCCAUCUGUUCUGUCCGGUGUUUCCUGUUUUGUUAUGUUUUUGUGCUUGGCUGACUACUUUGUUCCCAUUCUAGCGCCUAGAAUUUUUGGCUCUAAUAAAUGGACCACUGAGCAGCAGCAAAGAUUCCAUGAAAUUUGCAGCACUCUAGUAAAAACUCGACGCAGAGCUGUGGGCUGGUGGAAACGCCUCUUCACACUAAAGGAAGAAAAGCCAAAAAUGUACUUCAUGACCAUGAUCAUUUCUCUUGCUGCGGUUGCUUGGGUGGGACAGCAGGUCCACAACCUUCUUCUUACCUACCUGAUAGUGACUUUCUUACUGUUGCUUCCUGGACUAAACCAACAUGGAGUCAUUUCGAAGUACUUUGGAAUGGCCAAAAGGGAGAUGAACAAGCUUCUUAAGCAAAAAGAAAAGAAAAAUGAAUAACACAUCUUCUCCAUCCAGUGUGAUUAAUGGCAUGUGUACAUGUGUGUACAUUGAUUGUCCUUGGGAACAGUUUCUAUUAUCUAGAUACUAAAGUGUUAGAAGUAAUCCUUUGCUCUCACUUCUUCUGCCCUUAGUUACUAGAAAUUCAGACUUGCCACAUAAGGCUUUUAUACAUAGUAUCUUCAUGUCAAGUGUAUCUGGUUGCAUUGUCAUCAGUUGGCCUUAUGUGGACAACUCAUUCAUGAAUAUAACUUGUUUUGAUUUUUCUUACCCAAGGUUAAUUGAGUUCUUACUUGUAGGUGACCUCCUUUAAAAUAAAAUAGUGGUGAAUUUCACCCUUUAGUACAGUUAGCAGUGACUUGGAUAAUUGUUCGAGUUGAUCUUUGCUUGCUAGAUAUAAGGAGUGGUGGCCUGUGGCUACAAAAAACUGGUUCUACUCCCUACUUCCAGUCUUCUUAAAAAACUCUGGCUUCAUGAACAUAAAAGACCAAGAUUUCCACUUCCUAUGAAGAGACCAAUGAAAAUUCAUUCCUCAUUCUGUUUCUAUGCCAUGGGAGAAGAAUCCUCAUAGAAUAAAAUUAAACUAAUUACACGUGCUAGUAUAUGUUGAUUUCUCCCUUGUGUAAAACUUAGCAAUUUGUAGAAAAUAGUGAUUCUUCCUCCAAAAUGGGGAAUCUGACAGGCUUAGAGCCCUUGUCCCCUUGCACUUAGCCUCCAAGUUAGUUGGUCUUUAAAAGCUUUUUAAUAGCAAGCUUCUAAAGGCUUGGAUUUAGGAUUUUUAGCAUACUUUUAAUUUCAGAUUUUCAGCUGUCUAAAACUAAAGUAUGUAAGAGAUGAAGACUUGUGCCUAUGACUUUUACUCCAAGACCAGCUAAUCAAGGACAAAAGUCUUCCUGUGUUUUGUCAAAAUUCAGUUAAUAAUCUUUUCCUACUUAUUUUUCAAUUUUCAUUUUAUGGUAAUGUUGGCUGCUUUGGUCCCUGUAGAUCUGGCCUAGGAGGUGGUGACUACACUGGCAUCUGACUUUUUCCCCUAGAUAUUUCUCUGAAAAAUACAAGGGCUGUUGGUGAGAGCAAACUUGGGGAGGGCCUUGGGUCUAUAGAGGUUUUGUAACUCUUGGGGAGCAUCUUUGAGUCAUUCUCCCUCUUAGUAGCUAGAAGUUUAGAGUAGUUGAAGUCUGUGGAAUAAACCUCUAAGGGCCAAAAAUGUGACGUAUUUGGGAACAGGUCUUAAAUUCUAAUUAAUUAGCUGUAAUAUAGUUCUGUGAAUUUAUUGCACUGAUGCUAUAAAACCUGGACUUUGUGGUAUGAUAUAUCUGUCCCUAAAUAAGUGUUGUUUUCUCCCCUUCAAUAUUGGUGUAAACGGUGGCACCCAUGUAGCAUAUGUUUGAUUUUUUUAAUGUUUCAUAUGAAGACUAUAAACUACCUUAAUUUACAUGUGUUUCCUCAUUGUAUAUAAGCCUAUUGUCUUACCUGGAUUUUUUUUUCUUGUAUACAUGGUCUACUAAUUUAACUACUUUUGUGGUUUUAAUCCUGUAUUGUUAUUUCUAAUACUUUUGUUUUGUGAAAAGGGGAAAAAUAAAAGCUGGA